AUGUCUCUGGCAAGCCUUCAACGCAACAAUCGUCGGAUUGCUCCCAUGCUCAACAACUGGGUGGAUGAGCCCGACGUAACCACUCGAUUGGUGAAUUUCGGUACCGAAUACCUACAAAGCCUGUACGAGGCGGGCAUUGAAGACUUGCUCGAGACAAGCACCGUCAAGAGCGGGUCGUCCAUGGCGCCUGCUCUCAUCCAUCAGAGCAAUGCCUCGAUCCACAACCCGCCAUCACUGCGCUCGUACUGCACUGAUUCGACGCCGACUGAGACGAGCAUAUGCACUGGACUAGCGGGUACAUUCUCCGGGGUACCACUCUUGGUAGAAAGGAACAACGAUGGCAUACUCGAAAUCCCAGAUGUCGUCUGUCCAACACCAAUGUUCGAAUGCGUCUUCUGGUUCCUAAACUGCGAUUACACCUUUGUCGACAAAGAAGAAUGGGAAGUCCACUGCGCCUCGCAUCUCCGCGGCGAAGAACCACCACAGACGGCGCAGUGUCCGCUGUGCGACUGGACCGUGACGUGCGAGUUUGGCAAGAUGGCUUGGGAUAUGCGCAUGGAGCACAUCGCAUACGAUCACGUCAUGCAGGGUCAGACGCUCCAGCGCACCUCGCGACCAGACUUCCACCUCUUCGAAUUUCUGUGGCAGCGCAGACUCAUCGACGACGAGGAUUUGAAGGAACUUAAAGGCGGAAAUCAUAACUUGUCGCAUCCGCCCGCCAACUUUGUUGAGACCGUUGGCAGGAGACGCGAUAGAGAUGGACGGCGGCAUCGGACGCAGCACGUUAGAGCACCUCGACAACCGGUGCCACGUCGCUCAUAA